UUGGGCCAACUGAAUUUAAGUAGAACUGGCAAACCUGGCAUCGCCAUCAGACAGAAGGAGAGAGAAUCAAACAUGAGUUUAACCGACAAAGACAAGGCUGCCGUCAAGGCCCUCUGGGCCAAAAUCUCCAAGUCCUCAGAUGCCAUUGGUACCGAUGCUCUGGGCAGGAUGCUCUGCGUGUACCCGCAAACCAAAACCUACUUCGCCCACUGGCCGGAAAUGGGCCUCGGCUCUGCCCCCGUGAAGGCCCACGCGAAGAAGGUGAUGGGUGGAGUCGCUGUGGCCGUCUCGAAGAUCGACAGCCUGAGCAGCAGCCUGCUGGAUCUGAGCGAGAAGCACGCCUUCAAGAUGAGAGUGGACCCGGCCAACUUCAAGAUCCUGUCCCACUGCAUCAUGGUGGUGAUCGCCGCUAUGUUCCCAGAUGAGUUCACCCCGGAGGCCCACGUCGCCACGGACAAGUUCCUGACCUGCCUGGCUCUGGCUCUCGCCGAGAGAUACCGUUGAGCUGUCCGCAGUGUACCGCACAUGAGCACGUAACUCGUGGGUGGUUGAGGAAAAAAAAUAUAUAUAUAUAAAAUCAUGAUGAUUAUAAUGGGAGAAUAAAGUGCAUGUCGCCCAAACACGA